UUGAGUUUAUUUUCGUACAAAAUUCCGUUAUUAUUAGUGUUCUGUGAUUCCGUUUUAUUACUUUUAAUUCAUAGAAUUAUUUAAUUAAGAAGCAAUAUAUUAAUAUACUGUCCCAACUGUAGUUUAAAUUUCCAAAAAUACAAGUUUGCAUUCUGGGUGAUUCAAAAAUGAAUGAAAAUAUAUCAGAAAGAAGUAUAUCAGAAGGAAGUUCUGACUUUUCCAAACUUGAUUGCGUCUCCUUUUUGAAUCUACUCAACAAAUACGUGAAAGUCAAGCUCUUAAAAAAUUCAGAAUUUGAAGGGUUUAUACGGUGUAUAGAUCCGAUAUCUCAUAGCUUAAUUCUUUCCAUAGCAAAUCACAGCACAUACCACACAGUGGUUGUACCUGGCCAUGCAAUAAUAGAUGUUACAGAAACACAUACAGAUUUGAUACCACCUAUUCAGACACCUGCUAGUUACGUUGAAGACAUUAGUGUGGAUAGAAAAUCUAAUCUAAUAUCUUGGCUGAAAAAGAAUUUGUUGCCAGUUACAGAAGUGAAUGACAAUAUUGUAUUUGGAAAUGUGACGAUAAUUCCUCCUUAUAGUAUUAAUGAUAUAUGUACGGAUAAUACUAUUGUGGCAAUGCAAAUGCGAAAACUAAUUCGACAAAUGCCAUAAUUUUAAAAUUCUUACAAGUAAUGCAAUACAAUUGACAGUUUUGAAUCGAAAACACUGUAACUGGAAAGAUAAUUCAUAUUUUUUAAAUAUUAGAAAUUAUGAUUAGUGAGGACCAUCCUAGCAUCAUAAAAUGUAAUUUAAUAUAUUUUUGUUUAAAUGGUUAAAACUAUAAUGACUAUUAAGAAAUUAGGGUUUUUUGUCUUCAUUGCUUUUUUUCUAAAUAAACACUGCUGAUGUCUCGGUAUUGAAGAUAGUUCAAAUGUAAAAUUAGCAUAAUGCAUACUGCUGGAAUAAAUUGAGACAUAAAAAUCUAACGAAAUCUUCUAUUUUGAUUUCGGUCUUCCAAUAAAUUCUUCCAAAAUAUUCAAUACAAAUAUUAUUGAAGGGAGUAGUAAAUGGUUCUUAACAUGUACCUAUUCACCCUCAAUGAAAUCAUUAGUGAUUUGAAACUGUAUCUCUUAGUGAUAUAAUGUCAAGAUUUUAGAACAGCAUGUUUUAAGUAUGGUUUUUGAAAAUAUUUGGUCUUUUUUUGGUAAACCAAGUUGUGAACUUAUGAAUAUUAGGGUAAUUUCACCAACUUCAUUAACUUAUCUUUAAAAAACUGCAAAGGGUUUUUGAAAAAAAUACUAAGAAAAUAAAGAAUCAUAAAAAAAUGCCCAUUUAUGUUUCUUUUCAAUUUGUAUCAAACGGUAUCUAGCGUAUCUGCUAAGUUGACAAAACAACAACAACAAAAUCAGCGUGACUUAUACCUCUAUGCCCACAAGACUAUAAACUUUUAAUUUAAUCUGCCGAUCCGAUUGUAUGUUCUAAAUAAUCAUAAAAAAGACGGUGCGCGUGCAACUUGAUGCUCGUGAAAGAAGUAAACUUCUUUUGUGGUUUUAUUCAUUUUUCAUCUUUAAAUAAAAAUUAUCUUGUAAUAGGGAAUGCUGUGUAUAAGAGAAACGACCUAGCUCACUUUGUCCUUUCCCUGUCUCCACGUAGAAUUCGUAGAAAUAACAAAUUGAAUGCUGCUAUCCACCUUGAGACGUGAGGUCGAAGUCUAUUGUAUUUUCUAAUUGCUCAUAACCUCAACCAUUAAGCUAUACCAUACCACCAGUGAACUGUAGUUCAAAAGUCGUGUUUUUUAAAGGUGUAGUGAAAAAUUAUUUUGCAGCUUGGCCACUGAUCUGAAUUCAAUCAUUGGUCCCUGAAGAAUGCAUUCCUGAUCAAACUGACGAUAUAACUCUGAAGAGGCUUUGUAUUGAAGAUAAAAAUAUGUUAUUUUGCCCUACUGUGAAUACAUAUUAAAAAUUAAUUAUUGUAUAUUUAUCAACAUAUGUACAUAUAUCAACGUAAAAUAAAAGUUGUA